AUGUCAUCGACAGUUUUAUUGUUCUUGUUAUUCAAUACGCUCUACUUAACUUGGUGUGAUGCAAGCGACGCGAACCUCUCCGAUCAUUAUAGGAACGAAACGAUCGACGAAGAAGUCACAGAGACGCAGCACGCAACUUGUAAAAUCGCCACAGAAGAAUUGGUCGCGAGUGCACGUGCCAGCGUCACGAGAGUACUUACAGGAGCUUGCAACGCGAAAAUGCUCGACGAAAAGCUGCAAGCUCUGGCGAGAAAUUUGACCAGAGAACUGGUAGAAAUCAGGACGUUGUUGUAUACUGUGCUGGAGAAGAAGAGGGACUCGCGCAAAGUGGGGAAGAUCUACGAUGAUCGCAAGGAGAUGAAAACGAGUUUGUCGUAUCCUAGACAAGAUGAGAUCGAUAAUUUCAAUUAUACCAUUCAGCAUGUUUCGUCGACAAACGGUUCCACCAGCAGCUUCUUUUAUUACUGGCGAAUAAAACGUUUCGACGAGAAGCUGACCAGUUGGAGAAACGGAUAUUCCGAGCGCAGCUCGACGUUUUACGUAGGCCACAAUGGUUACGCGAUGCAUCUAAAAGUUACACCACGUUUCUCCUACGGUAUAGUUCUCGUAGACGCUGGAUUGACUCGAGGUCGACACGAUUCCAUCCUCGAGUGGCCAUUUCGUCACAAGAUUCACCUCUCGGUGCUGGAUCACUCGUUCGAAGCGUCGCGGCAAGAUCGGCUAUCGAGAAUGUGGGAUCCCACGAGAACACUAUGCCCGGCCUAUUUUUGGGGCCGUCCAAAAUUAUCCGGAGAACCGGACAAUCCAGAAUGUGUCGGAUUGAGCGUAUCGCUGCAAGAUUUUUUCACCAAGCAGCCAUUUUCCAUCGAUACGACGAAGAACUCGAGGUAUCUCUGGAACGGUGCUCUCACCGUUAAACUAACAGUUUAUCUAUAA